ACAUGCACCCUUCUGCAGAUUGUUUUACUUUUUGACCUGUGAGCCACCAUGGACUUCUCUGUUCUCUGGGGUUUGUCUGUAGCACUGCUGAUAUGUCCUCUUUAUAUGGGUGUAGGUGUUCUGUGUGAAGUCACCUGUAAUGAGGAGAGAAUGGGCAUGGAAGGAGGUAAUUACACUCUCACUAAGAAGCUUGAGUAUGGCAGCAUUAUGAUAUACCACUGUCCAGAAGGGUACUAUCCACAUCCUGCUUUAACUCGCUCGUGCCUGAAAAGCGGAACUUGGAAGCCAGCACCAAAAAGAAGACCUCCUCAACAGUGCAAAAUGAUCGAAUGCCCCAACCCCUUGGUUUUAGAAAGUGGUUCUGUCUUGCCUGUACAAUCACAAUAUUUUGUCAACAAUAAGACCACGUAUGAGUGUUAUUCGGGAUACUCACUGCGCGGCUCAGCCUCCCGUGUGUGCCAAGCCAAUGGGAAGUGGAGUGGGGGCACACCCAUAUGCAGCCGUGACUCAGGAAGUGAAGAUCGCUGUGCUGACCCUGGGAUUCCAGCAGGUGCUAGGAGGUCUGGUUCCAGUUUUGGCAUUGACGACAUAUUGUCUUACCGCUGUGACGACAGCUUACAUUUGUUGGGGUCAAAGACACGUGUAUGUCAAGAGAGUGGCCAAUGGACUGGGACUGAGCCUAACUGUUACUACAAACACACGUAUGACACUGCACUGGAGGUCACGGAGGCCUUUGGCAGUGCUAUCAGAGAGAGCCUUCAGAUGGCAGCGCCCGUUGAUGACACAGAUCAGGAAGGAAAGAAGAUCACAAUAGAUAAAGGUGGAAAGCUUAACAUGUACAUUGCUAUGGACAUAUCUGACAGCAUUGCAGAGACAGACUUUAACAGUGCAAGAAAUGCUGUCAAGAAACUUAUCACAAAGGUUAGCUCCUUUUCAGUCAGCCCAAAUUACGAAAUCAUUUUCUUCGCCUCUGACGUAUUAGAGGUUGUCAACAUAAUAGAUUUUUCUGGAGAUAAAAGAAAACCACUUGAGGAAGUCUUGGCUGAGUUGGACAAAUUUAAAUAUGAUGCUAGAGAUAAUGUUGGGACCAAUCUCAACCUUGCAUUUAAAACCAUCCUGGAACGCAUGGCUAUCCAAAAACAACGAAAUGAAAUGCUAUUCAUGGAGAUCCACCAUGUCCUCAUCUUUUUCACAGAUGGUGCUCACAACAUGGGGGGUAGCCCUGAAAACACAAUGGCCAAAAUUAGGGAAUCAGUGUACAUGAAUAACAAGACAAAACGGGAAAAAUAUCUUGAUGUUUAUGUUUUUGGUGUCGGAAGUGAAAUUUUUGAUGAAGAUAUCAUGCCACUAGUGACAAAAAGGAACGGCGAGAGGCAUUAUUUUAAACUAAAGAAUGUUAUUGAUUUGGAAAGAACCUUUGAUGAUAUAAUUGAUGAAAGCAAGGUUGUGGGUGUUUGCGGACUCCAUAAAAACUAUGAUGACAAUACCCCAAGCACCAUACGUCAAAGAUACCCCUGGUUGGCACGGAUUGACAACACACAUGAGGAAGGAAAAGCUAGUAAAUGCAUGGGGUCUCUGGUCACUCGCCGCUUCAUCUUGACUGCUGCUCACUGCUUCAAGUUCGAUGACAAGGCAGAAAAUAUCCGUAUUGCAAUCGGGGAAAAGGAAGUUAUAAAGGGAGCAUCACGUAUAAUAUUACAUCCUGAUUAUAAUAUCAACGGUAAAAAGAAUGACGGGAUAAACGAGUUCUAUGAUUACGACGUAGCUCUCAUCAAACUGAAGAAUGAUGUAGAUAUCUCUAUCCACAUAAGACCAAUUUGCAUCCCUUGCACAAAGGAAACAAGUGGCGCUUUAAGACUGGUAGGAGAGGCGAUCACCUGCAAGCAACAAGAACAGGAAUUGUUCAAAAAUCCAUUAGAAGAAGUCAGUUUCAUUUCAUAUGAUAAAAAGGAACAAAUGGAUCAACGUAGCGAUGCCAGACUAAAGCUUCAGGAUCAGUUGAGGGACAAUUGUAUCGAAAUGGCUGUUACUGAGGUAGAAGGCAUAACACCACUUAAUCUAAAGGAUAUUGUGACUGAUAACUUCCUCUGCACGGGUGGGAAACAACCUACUAGAGAUAAUGUUGCCUGCAAAGGUGACUCCGGUGGAGCUGUGUUUAAGGACUAUGAUAAACACCGCACCAUCCAGGUUGGCGUGAUCAGCUGGGGAACCAAGGACCUGUGCCCUGGUGGUAACAGUGAUAUCAAACAGGAGUCUAGCGAAAAGUCCAGAGAUUUCCACAUCAACCUCUUUAAAGUUGUGCCGUUUCUGAAGAAGUAUUUGGGGAAUGAUGGAGAAGAUUAUCAACCUCUUGAGUUUUUAGAGAAUUGAAGAGUUUCAUUCCAAAACACUCUAUUUUCAGAAAUGUUGGUUAAGUAUAUUUUCUGUUUAAAGAACUUAUACAAGAGAUUGGUGUGUUUUUUCAAACUAAUUAUGGCAUGGGGUUAUUCAAUGACAGGUAUUUGUUUCAAAUCAAUCACUUGAUGGUUUCAAUGAUCAUGGUUUUUUGGCAAAACUGUUUUUUUUACACAGUCAAAUGUAAACACAAGAACUGUACAAAAGAAACAUUUGUAACAUCAAUAUAAAAAUGAAAAAAAUAUUCAAAACAGUAAUAUGAGAUCUAUAUGUAAAACAUUUACAUUUGACAUUUAGUGGAUGCUCAUAUCCAUAGUGACUCAGUCAUCUUAAGAUAGCUCGGUGAGUCAAAUUGAGUAAACAAACAUUCCUUUCCAACUAAACAAUGGAUAUAUACUGGAGCUUUUUGCAAAACACCACAUUUUAAUACAUAUCUACAAUCUAUUAAUAAACAAAAAUCUGAUAACAUUAAUAUUUUACACACACACACACACACACACACACACAAAAGUACCCAUAAGCAAUCAUUUCUAGUGAAAAAAACACAAAUGUGAAAAAUGUGUAUACAACGUUUAAGAAAUAGAGACCGUGAUAAAGAUGGCUUAACAAAAGUUGAUUUACAAUCAUGUAUCUACUGCACUGAACAGACACGUCUUACAAAAAUAGGUUGUUGAAUUGAACUCUAGUUAUCAAUGAAAGUGUUCUUAACUAAUGAUAAUUAAUAAACUCAUUAUCUGAACUUCAA